CCCAGGUAAGUCCCGUGGGCAGGAAGGUCAGGGCACUCAUCGUGGAAGCACCUGGAAGAAAUCCUUCUAAGCCUUAGGACUUCAGUGUCCAUGGGCCAGGCCUGUUUAUCCAUCCGACUGCCCUCUUGCCUUUGAAGAAAAGUGCAUUGAACACCUGCUCUGGCUUUCGGGAAUCCCUGUCUUCUACAAGAUCAGAUCAAACAUUGUCUGGUGAUCACAUCCCGUGUGGAACCUGCACAGAGUUACCUGAAAGCAACUUCUAAGGUUUCUUCAGGAUGCCUGCAGCACUUGUGGAGAAUAGCCAGGUUAUCUGUGAAGUCUGGGCCAGCAAUCUAGAAGAAGAGAUGAGGAAGAUCCGAGAGAUUGUGCUCAGUUACAGUUACAUUGCCAUGGACACAGAAUUUCCAGGUGUUGUGGUACGACCAAUUGGUGAAUUUCGUAGUUCCAUAGACUACCAGUAUCAGCUUCUGAGGUGCAAUGUUGACCUUUUAAAAAUUAUCCAGCUCGGCCUUACAUUCACAAAUGAGAAGGGAGAAUAUCCUUCUGGAAUCAACACUUGGCAGUUCAACUUCAAAUUCAACCUUACAGAGGACAUGUACUCCCAGGAUUCCAUAGACCUCCUCGCCAACUCAGGGCUGCAGUUUCAGAAGCAUGAGGAAGAAGGGAUUGACACGCUGCACUUUGCAGAGCUGCUUAUGACGUCAGGAGUGGUUCUCUGUGACAAUGUCAAGUGGCUUUCAUUUCACAGUGGCUAUGAUUUUGGCUACAUGGUAAAGUUACUUACAGAUUCUCGUUUGCCAGAAGAAGAACAUGACUUCUUUCAUAUUUUGAACCUUUUCUUCCCAUCCAUUUAUGAUGUGAAAUACCUGAUGAAGAGUUGCAAAAAUCUUAAGGGAGGGCUUCAGGAAGUUGCUGAUCAGUUGGAUUUACAGAGAAUUGGAAGGCAACACCAGGCUGGCUCAGACUCGCUGCUGACAGGGAUGGCAUUCUUCAGGAUGAAGGAGGAACCUUGUAAGAGGGGCACCUAAGGAACCUUCAAAGGAGCUAAAGUGACUACCAGGGUCACACGGUGAGUCAGAGUCCAGCACCCGCGCUCCUAACCAGUGCCUUGCUUAUGAAGGAGAGCGGACAGUUGUACUAAACAGCAGCUGCACAUUAAAAGAAUUCAUGCAGAGUCUAAGUCUGGUUAGAAAGCAGCUUAUAUGUGGAGAAAGGAGCGUGAGAAGAUGAUGCAUAGGAAGGCCUGGGGCUCUCUUUGAUCAGGUGGCAUCUGGUUUUCGAGGCUGGGAGGUGUGCCUUGGCAGUGAGUCCUGGCAGAACUCCUACGUUGUCCUCACCACAGUUCUUUGUCCUACUCUGCAGUUGUUUUUUGAGGACAGUAUAGAUGAUGCCAAGUACUGUGGGCGGCUCUACGGCCUGGGCACAGGAGUGGCCCAGAAGCAGAAUGAAGACGUGGACUCUGCCCAGGAGAAGAUGAGCAUCCUGGCAAUCAUUAACAACAUGCAGCAGUGACCGCAGCCGGCCCUGCAGGGCCCAAGCCAGACUGGUGCUUCCUGAGCUCGAGCUUACCCUCCCUGAGAGAGAACGCUUCCUUUGAGCAGACUGUGCCGACCAUCUGCGUGGAGCAGGAAGACUGCUGUUUUACUGAAGGCAAAAGAUGUCUUUAUUUUAGAUCCAGAAGAGGGGAGUUUGCUCUGAAUUUGUAAAUAACUUCCCUAUUCCUCAGCCCCACGCCUCUCCUCUGCAGCUGCCUCCUGCCACCAGCAUCCAUAGCUCAUGUGACACUAUUUUAGAUAUCCAGGACAAAUCUAAAACAAACGAGUAAAAUGUAUAUAACUCUUACCUGUUGUCAUUCUUUUUCUUUUAAAUUUGUUGCUAAUCCUUAUAAGAUUGUGAUUCUCAGCUGAGGGUUUCCAGAGGAAAUGGUACAACACGGUGCUCUUGGGAACUGGUUCUGAGUUUUUGCCCCCAGUCCCCGCUUUUUACACUCUCCUUGAAGACAUUGGCUUUCCUCACAAUUUGGUAGUCUUUCUUUUUUAUUUUUGGUACUGAGGAUCAAACUCAGGACCUUGUGCUUGCCACAAAGGCGCUGUGCCACUGAGCUACCUCCCUGGCCCUUUGUCAGUCCUUCUUUAUGAAUUACUAUAUGGAAAUGAAUUGCCCAGUGCUGAAAUGUAGACAAUUCACUAAAUCUGUCUACUUUCAUGACAGACUUCAGAGUGGGUAUUAAGUUGACCACUGAUGUGUCUUGAGAUCUAUCCAUUGUGCCACUGGGAUUUGCUAUCAUUUAUGCAUCCUCUGAAGUCAAUUUAAAUUUUCAGGUAAUGAAAUAUCCUGGACUUGAUCUGGAAGGAAAUGAAUGAGAUUUUUGGGUCUUAAGUUUAUUGUAUUUUCAAAAAUACGAUUUUAGAUGGUCACAUUUUCUCCCACCUCAUUUCCCCUGCUUUUCCUUUGAGCAAACCCAAGGAGUUAGGGAGCUGGAUUAACAUGAGUACCAGGUAUGUGAAUCUUUAAAAAAGUAUAGUGGUUACUUGUACACAGGGCAGUAAGGGAAUUUGGUUUAGAGAGAUCUCUUGGAGUCAUAUCCCACAACUGGGGUACGAAACUCAGGACUUUGAUUUUAGAACUAGACAUUUUAAAAGUACAAUGUUUUCUUUGAAUGACUAGAGUGGACAGUUUUGAAAAAUCAAAAAAACCCUUUGGUGAAAAUAACUGGUACCUUGCUAAAGUGGAUAGUCUCAUGUUUUAAAAUCUCAUGGAAAACAAUCUGAAAUGAUUUAAAAAAUGUCAAGUGUUAUAACCUGGUAUUUAAGAUGUUGUAAAUAUUAUUUAUGUUUUUAACUUUGUAAAAUAAAGAUUUCUUUUUAACCACUGG